CAAGGCAACCCUCCAGUGAUAACAAAUUUCCCAAAAGAGGAUUUGGUUAAACCAGAGGACGUGAAAUUCAAGUCAGAUCCAAGCUUCACACUUCCUUGCAAUGCCACCGGAUCCAACUUAACGUGGACCUGGAAGCAUAAUGGGACAGCUAUAACUGACAGCUCACACUUUGACCUGAGUGAAGAUGGUACCUUGACUGGCAAGAACCUCCGUGCAAUCCACAGUGGUACAUACCAGUGCUUUGUCAAGGACGAAGUCACUGGCGCUGUGGCAUUUAGCAGGAAACUUAAAGUCGCGGUCACAGGUACCAAUGUGAAUCGUAUUAUAACUUGUUGAACAUUUCACAUCAGCAGUCCGAUCGGUCUGCAACGACUUCAACUCUGAGCUAGAUGUUCACAUAGUGGUCAGCGCCCUCAACUAGGGUUGGCUCGAAGGCUAGCCAGGUGAUAAUGCUUUGCUUCUGGCAAAGAAAUACGCUUCAUAGUGCUUCUGUCCACACACGAGUAUAUAUAUAUAUAUAUGAGUGUCAACGAAUUGUUAAGGAAACGUAAUGAAAUGCUGAGAUGUAACAGGCGCUAGACAGCGCACAGGCUAACUAGGAAUUAAGUUUGACAGUCCGAGUUGAUUUUCUCGUACCUUGGCUCUAUUUCGCCAGGUUGCCAACAAUGCUUUUGUUGCUUAUUGGGCCGUUAUCGAAAGGCCAAAGGUUCGUCCUUGUUGAGGACUUCAGUUUUUUUUUUCGCUCCACGCUUAUUCAAUUAUAUUCUGAAAAAGCUUUCCAUGAAGCUACUUUGAUAUACGGCCUAGCUAUCACUUGCCAAGUUUUUUUACAGUUUGGGCGAUAAUCAUUCGAACAACUAAUCGUAAGAUAUCGACUCGACUCCUGUUGGAAGAACUCGGGAUUUCCUCUUUCGAGUUCGCCUGUGUCACUCUAGCUGUAGAAAACCAUCAGUCUUUUUUCUUCCCCCAUACAUUUUAAUUCGUUUUACAUAAUUUCUUUUCCUCCUAGUCGUUGGCAACUUCAUCGAUCGCAAGGAUCACGUGGUAAAAGUAAAUCUCGGCGAGUCUUUCUACUACGACUGUCCACCUCAUUCAUACAGCCAUGGGGUGGUCUACAGCUGGGGAAACAUCGGUAACGAUGCACAAUACACAUUCGCAAGAAAUGAACGUCGGUCUAUUUUAAGCAAUGGUACUUUGUAUAUUACGUAUUUAACGCAAAAAGACAUCGAUGAUAUUGAAUCGUACGAUGGCAUCAAGUGUACCAUUUCUGGAGCGAAUUCUUUUCAAAGAUCUGGGACCUUGAGACUGGAGAAGAUCAAUGAAAAUCAAACAGGUAAUGCAGAAGCAAGAAAAUAUCAUUUGUUAUUCCCUAGUGCAGCAUUUCUUUCUUUUCCCCCAAAUCAGGAUCGAGAAAACGAGUAGAGGUAUCUUUUCUGCCUUAGAACUGUAUUAAAAUAAAAGCAUACCAUUCCUGUAUCUCAUCUAAGGGGUAUACCAAUAUCAUCGGUCACUGCUAGCCACCAAAUCAGAGAAAAGCUUCGGUAGCUACUGAAGACAUACCCUUGGCCCAUGAAUUGACUCGAAUUUGUGAAAAGUGUGCGCAGGCGUUGGCAAACCUAGUGAUCUCUAUGUUUCCUUCCUUUUCAUUACUGUAGAAAAGAACCUCUCCGAGGCUCGUGGUAUGUUCGCCUUUCUCAUAAGCGGACACUUACUUGUGUAAAACUCGUUACUCCGUUCCAUUUGGGUCAAGCCAUCGACAACUGCAGUACCAAUUACCUAUUAACAUUUACUGAGUAGAUGUUAGCGUUAGUCCAGAAGUUUUCGCUGCAUACAUGCUUUCACCAACCUCUGACUCGAGUAUGAGCCUUCAAGUGGCGAACUCAAAACGGGAAAAUUUAGCUGCGCCAUAAGGGAAGGUGCAAAAACAAACAAACAAACAAACAAACAAAACAAAACUAAACAAGUUGCCUUAUUUUAAACAUAUCUUUAAAUUUUCACAGAUUCUGAAAACUCUACUUCACCCUCGUGGUUACUAACCCCAAAUGAGAAAGAGAGUGCCGUAGAAGGAAAGAGCAAGAUUUUGUAUUGCUUUGCAAAUGGAAGGUUAGUUUUCUCGGAAUGUCACCUUUAGCACAGUAGAGAGCAAAUCUUUCAAGAGUUGUCACGAAAAUUGCUCAGUCUUCGUGGGCAGGUACAACGGAACUGGAAUAACUGAAGAGUCAGUUUACUUCCAGUAAAUUUCGUUUAAAAAAGGCGCCAAUAGAAACCAAACUAUUCUGUUCGAUUACCAGCUCUUUACGUCGCGUGUCGUAUCGGAAAGAUAAGGAUCACAGUCAAUUAUUUCAUUGCUGUUACUAUUAGCGUUGAUGGUUGAUUCGAAGUUUAAUGACGUUUUACUCUUAUCUAAUGUAAGACCAACACCACAAAUUACUUGGAAGAAGGAUGGACGCAAGCUAACAGAUGGACAGAACUCGUUUAGCAUUUCUCCCACUUUCUUUGGAAGACGUCUUUCCAUUGAAAGUGUUGAUGAGACCAAUCACCAAGGCGUCUACACUUGUGAGGCCGAAAACGCUAUGAACACAGGCAACCCAAUCACUUCCAAUACUACACUUACAAUAGAAGGUAAGGAUUCAGGUUCUAGCGAGUAAUUCUUCCCUUACGAGUUAGGCGGGGGGAGGGGGAAACUCCUUGCUAUUACUAAAAUCCUAUUGUAAAUAAAAAUACCUUUAAAAUUACGCACUCCCUGCCUUACCGCAGGAGUUAUCAGAAACUUGGGUCCUUAUAGUCAGGUAACAAAAGUCCCUAUAUUCCGUUUGGCGUAUUGUGCGUUGACCUUAGUGUGAAGCCUGUAAACGAAAGAGGAACCGUUGAGUCGUCUUUGAGUCGUAACCAGGAACAAUGUAACAACGGAUAACUUGUCUGAACUCACACUGUAGAACAGAAUAACUCGUCUGCACAUACUCUGUUCAACAGAAUGGCUUGUCUGAACAUAGCCUGUACGACAGAAUAACGUAUUUAAGUGACCUUUAAGAGACAUAGUGAACUGCUGGCAAAUCUGCUAGAAUUUAGGUCGAGAGUUUCGCUUUCGAACCGUGGACAGGGUUACUGUUUUGUGCUGUUUUCAGGGCACUACAUUAUCAGAGUAUCAGCGCACUGUCAAGGAUACUUGACUGAUCUAGGAGGAUAAAUAAUACACCUACUCACUUAUUUGUACGAAAACGCGAUUGCCUACGCGAAAAGUGCUUCUUGGAGUACUUCCUCGUUUAAAAAAAACCCGCUCACCUCAAAGUUUAUAAGCGCCUCAUUAGAAAUCCUAAACAAUUCUUUUUCAUACCCAAUCAUACUUAUAUCCUUGUGGUUUUCUGUGUUCUCUUUAAUUUUUCAACUCUUUAGCCUAAUAUUAUUUUGAGAUUCCCUUGAGAUUGAAGGUAAUUCUGAUUAUUAAGAACACGAACAAACCAGGAAACACAGAAAAAAAAAGGAAUGAAGAACAAAACCAAAAAAUAAACAAACAAAAAACAAUAACAUUAUGCUCUAACACCCUUGCGAUCCUAUUCCACUUCGCAGUUCCACCAAAAUGGGCAGCGAAUCCUCCACCAAAUGACAUCACCAUCGUCAUUGAAAAAAACGGCACGUUGGAUUGUCAAGUAACAGCAAACCCUGCUGCAAUAACGACAUGGUAUAAAAAUGGAGAAGUACUUCAGCCUUCUGGGUAAGUUUGCAUAAUAAUAUUUCUUAAAACACAGGGAGGUAAACUUGAUAGCGUUGCAUCCUAUACUUCGUGUAAAAUGAAACCACAAAAGCUCAAAAUAAACCCAAACAAGAGUUAUUGCCUUUGAAUGUAAACUCUUGACGUGAAAUGAGGUGAGUUAGCGCGCGGUUAAAGAGACGAGCAAAACGAGAACUGGGAAGAGCUAUUUAGCUUGACUAGCGCAAAAAAGUUUCAGAAUCAAGUGCCAUUUGCAGUGACAUUCACGUAUCCCGAAUUAUUUUGGAUGAAUGUCGAAGAUAUGAGAUCACUGAACCACUCUGCUCAUCAAACACAAAAUAUUUCGCUACUGAUUGUUCAAUGACGAAUAAGGAAUAAAAGAGUUUUAUGUGUUACUCUCCCUCAAAAUGAGUUAUGUAUUAUUCUACCUCUAAAUCAAACAUCUUAAAUAGGUCAAAAUGUUAUAUAUCGAUUCAUUUCUAAAUAUUUUGAGGAAAAUUUAACCCAAUUUGCCUUGAGGGCCUACAGCCCUUUGAAUGAUGGAAACGCCCAGAGCAUCUCGAAAAACACAAAAAGUAUUCGCGUUCAUGCGUUUUAAACUUUGUAAUUAGCUCCCGAAUCUACUAAUUAUAUGUUUUCCUUUUGGAAAAUUUAGGCGUCUUGUCUUAGCUGACAACAAGUUACAUCUAACAGAUGUGAAUCUUGACGAUACAGGCGUUUAUCAAUGCGAGGCCACCAAUGCUCAUGGCACGAUCAUAUCUUCAACUUGGGUCUACGUUUCAGGUACCUAAUCGCAAGCAAAAAUUAAGAGUGCACUCGGAAGACUUUUAGAUGACUGAGGCCAGUUGUAAAAAGGACGGAUAAAUCUAUCCAACAGAUAGACCGCCAUAAAGUGGAUAAGUGUUAACAAAGCGUAUUACACUAUUCAGUGGAUAUAUAUUUACCCGGUAGAUGCAUUAUCUACCCUUCGAACAACCGGGGCCUGGUGGUUAGCGUGUAAUACUGCGGAUUGAGAUGUCCAGGUUUUAUCCCUGGCUGGUUAUCGGGUAGCAGUCUUCUCCAUAAACUUAACUCUUGAAUUACAAGCAACCUUCCGGCAAUCUGACCAACAGUCAUGGUCACCACCAUGGUGACUUACCAGCCAAGGACUCCUAUCCCAUUUGUGAGGAUUAUUCAGUAGAGAAACUAGAAUAAGCUUAGUAAUGUUGCCUUCCUACAUUACAACAUUACCAAUAGAGAUCUGAAUGCAAGUUAAUGCAAAAUAUAGCUUUCCUGCAUACUGAACAAGCAAUACAGUCUCCAUUAUGAGACGUAAUUACACCCUUUCGUAAUCGAAAAACUGUAAAACUGUUGACAGGUCGAUACCUUGAAUUUGACACCACCACCAAGACUCGGCUGAUGCCUUUUAUCCGCCAAAAUAACUAAUGUCGGCAUACAACCACUGUUUCGCCAUUGAAGAAUCUCGAACUCAUAGUGGCCAUCGACUUAGAAUCGAGAGGUUUCUGAUGAAAAUGGUUAGCCAUAUUGCUCGGUAUAACUCUCAUAACAAACUCACAAAAUUACUUCAUAUCAUUCUCGCGACAGCUUGGAAGCCAUCUUUUGAAAACGUGCAGUUUGGUCCUUUUCAUCUGCUCAAUGAGAAAGAGGCUAGGUUACCUUGUAAGCCUAGCACAGGAGCGCCGCAACCAUCAUAUCGCUGGUUUAAAGAUGGCGAGCUUAUUACUUACGAAGAGAACAGUCGCUACAAGUUGGAUAUGGACGGAACACUGGUUAUAAAAGAAGUCGAUAAGGAUCAAGAUGGGGUCAACUACACUUGCAAGGCAAGCAACCUUAUGGGCGAAGACUCUAUAAUCACAGUGCCAAUUAUUCUUGGUAAGCAAUGUCAGUUUUACAAAUCAGUAACAAAUUUCUACAGCUAUUUUAUCACGAAAGGAAAUCAAUUUGAACGGAUGUCAUCCAUACUUCUGCGUUUGAUCGUUUGUUCUGAGAAAGACUUUUGACGGUGAUGGCGACUGGUGCUUCGACGACUUUAGCGGAAAUCAACUCAGGGGUCAGUAAUGACGAUGAUGAUUAUGACUCGCCUAAUAUGCGAGUUUGGCUGUGGUUAUUCGGCGCAACCUGUACAUGUGCCAGAACGCAUUAGAGGGGAACUGAAGGCUGAAAUUUUCAUCUUAUUCGCUUUCAUCUCUAGCUUUCUUUAGAGGAAUAAGAUUAAGUCUCGAUAUUUCUUUUCGUUCAAUUCUUGUUAUUUACGAGAAAAUUAGAUUUGAAGUUCCCUUUUUCCCGCUUUGGCGGCCGUAACGCCGUCGUCUAAAAACUAUUAUCAGCGGUUGAAAAUGUCACGUCAGUGGUGCGUUCACUAUUCAUUUUGUUAACUGCAGUUCCACCAAUGUUGACAACUGAGCCUUCAAACCAGACAGUCCUUGAGGGUACCACCGUAACAUUCCAAUGUAGUGCCACAGGAAACCCCACUCCAAACAUAACAUGGACAAAAGAUGGCAAGGGAGUGGGAUCUGGGAACAUUCUACGCUUUCAGACCAACAGAAAUCAAUCUGGAAAAUACUGGUGUUCGGCAGAAAAUGGAUUAAAUAUUACCGCCAAUGGAAGCGCUUUUCUAAAUGUCCUAUGUAAGUAGAAAUCGCGCCGGAAACGAGAUAACAUCAUGCCAAAUAUUUCAGUUUGAGCCACGUGACUCAAGAGUUUCAUUAAGAGGAUAUCAAAUUGAUUUCCUCUUGGUUUCAUUUGAAGAAUUUGCAGAAAAAGCAUUGUGUUAAGCCAACCUUUCACUUAAUAAAACAUAUUCUCAUUACAUUCUCAAUUUUAUAAACCAUUGACGUUAUUAUCGAACGCAUUUUAUUAUUAUUUCAGACAAACCAAGCUUGACUACCCUUCCUUCGGAUCAAAUUGUUUUGGAGGGUAACACGGCCACAUUCCAUUGCGAGGCCACUGGAAAUCCAGCACCAAAGAUAACGUGGAUGAAAGAUGGGAAAACUGUUUCUCAAGAACAACCAUUGAAUAUUGAAACCCACAGAAAUGAUUCUGGAAAGUACUGGUGUCUAGCAGAGAACGGAUUAAAUUCCACUGUUAAUGCUAGUGCUAUGCUUGAUGUUCAAUGUAAGCGAUGA